GGUGGACUUGAAGUAUAUUUUAAAGGGAUGUGUUGUUGAUUUUACAAAUAUCCUUUAUUGAGGUGUCAGAAACUUUCUGCACAAUUAAUUCAGCAUCGUUUCACGGGAAUUGAUUCCCUUUAAUAUUUAAACCCCCAUGUUUUUGAUUCGACAAACAAAGCAUCCCAUUUUCCCAUACACCAAAACAUUCAACCCUGUUGAUCUUCUAAACUACUCUCCUUUUCUUUGUCCUAAACUGCCCCAUCAUGUUUCCACCUUCUUUUUCACUACUAUUCACUUCUCUCUUUGUGUUCUUCGUUUUGAUGAGUGGAAGUUUUUGCUUAGGCACACAUGCCAACACUACACGCACCCCUCGCCAACUCUCACUAAAUUAUUAUGCGAAAUCAUGCCCCCAGCUAGAACAGCUUGUUGGUUCAGUCACUUCUCAGCAAUUCAAACAAUCACCUGUCUCUGCUCCUGCCACCAUUCGCCUCCUCUUCCACGAUUGCUUCGUAGGGGGGUGUGAUGCGUCAAUUUUAAUAGCAUCAAAGGGUGGAAGCAAGGAGUUGGCAGAGAAGGAUGCAGAGGAUAACAGAGACUUGAAGGUGGAAGGUUUUGAGACAGUGAGAAAAGCUAAGGAAGUAGUGGAGAAAAAGUGCCCUGGUGUGGUGUCAUGUGCGGAUAUUCUUGUAAUUGCAGCCAGAGAUUAUGUUCACCUCGCAGGAGGGCCAUAUUACCCUGUGAAGAAGGGGAGAUGGGACGGAAAGAUAUCAACGGCAUCAAGGGUGGCAUCCAACAUUCCUCGUGCAAACUCGACCGUGGAUCAACUCAUCAAACUGUUCAAUUCCAAGGGGCUAACCACACGGGACCUUGUAGCCCUAUCGGGGGCCCACACGAUUGGGUUUGCGCAUUGCAAGAACUUCGUGGCCCGUCUCUACAGUUACAGAGGCAAGGGCCAACCGGACCCAGACAUGGAUCCCAAACUCCUACACGCACUUAGAAUGUACUGUCCAAACUUCGGUGGAAACUCCGACAUCGUUGCCCCUUUUGACGCCACUACGCCUUUCUUGUUUGACCAUGCCUAUUAUGGCAACUUGCAACAAAAGAUGGGCUUGUUGGCCUCUGACCAGGCUCUGGCCUUCGACCCACGAACCAAGCCUAUUGUCCUAGAAUUUGCCAAGGAUAACCGCAACUUUUUCCAAGCUUUUGUCGCGGCCAUGGACAAAUUGAGUUUAAUCAAAGUGGUACGAGGGGCAAGGCACGGGGAGAAACGUAGAGAUUGUUCCAUGCACAUCUGAGCAAUUCUCGUCAAUACAAAUUUACACAAUUCUUGCAUUUAUAACUCAUACCAGACAACAUCAAUGCAACUCUAACCACGUUUCACACUGCAUUGUACAGUUAUAAAUGCAAUAGUUGUUCGGACAUUAUUAUUUCUCAAGAUUAAUCUUUUCUUUUUUCUUUUUCUUUUCA